AUGAGCAAUAUCGGUUUAUUUCGACCUGACAUCCUCUUUUCUCAGACUGAAAACGCUAAUAAAACUUAUCUUCAAAAAGAAAGAGAAUCUCGACUGAAAAAAGAAGAAGAAAGCCUAAUGCAGGAGUUCGAAAAGUCACUAAAAUUAAACACAUCUGAGCAGAAAACCGAAGACAAAGAGAUCGUCAAGCUGAAAAAACUAUACAACCAGGUGCACUAUCACAACAAAAAAAAGCUGCAAAUACUAGAUGACCUUAAGACGACAGCGAAGUUUCUUAAAAAGAAAGCAACUGACGCAUCUGAGAUGAACCCAAGUCUCAGUUUUGUAUCAGGAUCUUUAAAAGAUAUGCAAAGUACGCUGUAUUCAAAGAACCAGGUCUAUAUUUCUGAACAGCAAGAAUUGAUAGAAAGGCUUAAGGACGAAAUUAAUAAAGUGGAACUAUUCUAUAUACAAAAAUAAUUAAAAAAUAAAAAAAAUAAUAAAUAAAAUUGAGAAUUUAUAGGGAAAUGUAUACAAAUUACUCAGGAGCGAUGCACAACAGAACAAUUAGAAAGUAUGCAAAAGAAAGAAAAAGAGGACUAUAUUUAUCAGAGAGAAAGGUUUCUUGACUGUAAAGCUAUGAAUAAAGGGAUUGAUAAAUAUACUGGGCAGAUUGAGGACACUACAGCUAGGGCAAAAAAUGAGCUGAUUAAAGCAAAUGAUAAUGUAGUGAAAUUGAAGACAGAAAUUAAAAAACAGUCUUCCAGCAGGGUGCAAAAAAUUGAAGGAAUCAGAUCGAAAGGAGCACAUCUUAAAAAAGAGGUAGAAGCUUUAGUUCAUAAAGUCGCUGAAUCAUGGGUAUUUUUUUUUAAAAUGAUUUUAAGCCCUAAUUUUUUAAAAAUAAUUUAAUAAAAAUCAUCCUGAAUCAGCAAUAGGAUUGGAAGAAAAUGAAAUGAAAAACGAAAUGCUUAAAUCCGAGUACGGAAAACUAUUAACUGAAUUCGACCAAGAAAAGCAGCAUAAACAAAGCUAUGCAAAUCAGCUGGAAUAUUACACUGAAAUUUUUGAAAAAAUAAAAAAAAUAAUUAAAGAAUCCAAAUGCUUAUCAAUUAGCCCAGAAAAAGUGGAUAAAUUCUCUCCAAAAGAUAUUCUCAAAGCGUUCGAAAACAUGCUUUCUAUGGAAUCUAGGCUUCAAAUCCGGUUUAUUGGGCUUGCAGCAGACCAGUAUCAGCUUAGACAAAUUUGUGAUGAAACUGCAUUGGAGCUGUCUGAGCUGAAAGAAGACCCAGGGCUUAGUGGGAAUAUUCAAGAGCUUAGGUCAAGGACAAGAAAAUUAACAAAAAAUGAGACCUUUGAAGUCGAAACUUAUACAGGACUUCUGGUUUCUUUAGAUAUGCCUGUUAAAAUAAAAUGCAUUUUGGUAAUAAUAUAAUAGUAAAAUUGAUAAUUCAUUAUAAAAAGGAUACAAUAAAUUCAGUAUCUAAAGAAGAAUUAAUUGGAAAAUAUGAGCAAAUAAUAGUUUUUUCCUUGAAAUUUUUUUAUCAGCUGGCUUGAAGAGUAAAAAAGCAGCUAGAGCUUAUAAAAGAGCAGUGCUAUGGGCAUCCUGAGGUCCUCCAAGAUUACAUUUUGCAUAUACCUUCUAUGUUUAAAGAUGUCCAAACUGAAUCCACCCCAAGACCCAAUAAAAACGAUAAAAGAAACACCGUCAUAAUCCUCCCCGCUAAUGCAAAUAAAAGAAAACAAAGCACUUUCGCAUCUUCCCCAAUCACCAGAGACUUCUCCUUAAAGCCCGAAGAGACAAUCUCAUCUAUAAAAUUCCAAAAUCUCAACAAAACCGACCUCCAAGACCUAUAUCUAGGAAUAUUCCCAGGAUUUCCUACAAUUGCCCAGAGUUUUGUAUCAGGAAUAUUAGAAAAUACGAUAAUGAGGUACUUUUUAGACAAUGAAACUAUAUAUCAAUACCUUAGAGACUGCAGAGACCAAUACUCAGGGCAGCUUUCCGCUAUCGUAAAUCUAAGCCAGCUUUCCGUAUUAGCUCACCGAAACUUAAAAAAGCAGCUGACUACUACGUUAGAAGCAUUAUCAGGUCUUUUAAUAAAUACUACAGCUGCGGAUAAAGAAAUUUCUGCAAUAAUUGACUCCAAAAGUAUGACCAUGGAGCAGCAAAUCCUUUUAAUAGCAAAAUUGAGGGAAAAUGAAAAAGGCUUGAUAGUGCCGAAUAUUGCUGAUAUUAAAAAUUUUUCUGAUUUGGUAAAAUUAAUACUGCUGCAUAAGUUUCAGAAUAUACCAAAGCAGAAAGCGACGCUGAAAGAAGAAUAUGAUGCAUUUGUGCAGAGAUUUCAGAUAAAUGAGGUGAAGUUUAAUAGUGUGGAAAAUACUGAAGAUUUAUAAAAGAAUGUAUGAGUGAAUUUAGAUAUAGCUUUGGAGUGCUUUUUAGCACCCUAUAUGGGUAUUAUUUUAGUCUCAAUCUGGCAUACUUUCAAUGGGCUUUAUUAAGAAAGUUAGGACUAAAAGGUGUUAGGGUGUUAAAAAGACUCCAAAGCUAUAUAUAAAUAAAAUUUUUAUAGUAAAUAAAUAUAUGACUUGGUAUAGUCGGUAAAUCUGAUGAAGAAUCUUUUGAAAAAACAUCAUCAGAGGUAAGCACAUAUAGAAACCAGCAGACAAUUGAUGAAGAAAGCGCUAUUAAAACAAAGUCUCCAAGAGCUUUUAUGAAAUCUAAGCAGCACAAGCCAAGAAUGCUAAAUUUCGCCACAGUACCAAUAUUACCAAAAAUUGAAGGAAAAAAAGAUUUGAUAAAAGAAAUGAAAAGGAUAGAAAACAGCUUAAUUAAUGUAAAGAAAAAUGCAUUAGGGAUUAGCAAAGCUGAAGAAGAUACUGGAAUUAGUGAUGACAGCUUUACAGAUGAGCGUAAGCUUCCACUGAUUUCUCCUAAAAGCGAAGGCAGAAGUUUCUUUCUGCUUAAAAAUAUAGGAUUUGCCCUAGGAUGGCGCUAUAUGGCGCCAUCCUAGGGCAAGCGAAAAUUGGCUCCACACGGGAACCGUAUUCCACGUGUGGAGCCAUUUUUCCACGUGUGGAAUCCACAUUUUCCCACGUGGAAAAAUGGCUCCACACGUGGAACACAAUUCCCGUGUGGAGCCGUGUCUCCAAUUGCCCGAGGAGGAUGGCGCAAUAUAGCGCCAUCCUCGGGCAAUUUCUAUAAGUAA